AUGCCAAACGAGGAUUUCGGUGCAAUUGUUGGCUUUGGGCUCGAGUUCAUGGACACCACUGACCAGAUGUUCUGUAUAUUAACCGCAAAUCCGGACAUAUCCAUAGGAAAGGGUCUCUCCUUCUUCCACAACGUAUUCCAUGCCUCGACUCUUCCGUUCCUCACGAGUGGUCUUUCGACCAGAAGUCCUCCGACAAGACCCACGGGCCAGACGGACACACGCCUCGUGUCCCGCAUUUCGGCGAAUAUCUUCAGGUCGUAUGUGUUGUCGUCGUCGGCGAAGUACACGACACCCUUCCUGUCAAUAAUGGCCACAUUAUUACGAAUCCAUUCGAUGCCUGCAUUCCUCUGCAGCACACCUCUUGGUUUGAGCCAAUUUGGAUCAGUUGUCUUCAGCUUGAACUGCGGUGGAUUACUAGUUGAAUCCAAUGAUGAGGAGCACGAGGAUCCCAUGGAGUUCUAUAGGAUUAGAGAAAGGUUUAGAACUCAAGUUCGUUGGAACGAUAAGUUUGAUGAAGACUCGAAAGCAAUCGAUAAAUUACUGGAGGAAUACGACAGAGACAACGAUGGCUUCAUUUCGUACUCGGAGUAUAUAAUCGCCAGAAGACAAAAGCAUUAAACAAAUUAAUAGUACAGUACUUUGUAUUUAUAGUAUUAAGCCAUAACUAUAAUCAAUAUUCUUUACAACACUAAUGUCUAAACAAGUAGAUUAAAUGUACACAAUAUUCUAACUUUGAAUUAAAUCUGG